UGCGCAUAAGAAGAGAGACAACAGAGCAAAGCAUCCAUAUCCAGGAAGGUAUGGCCACAGCCAGCUCUUUCCUGUCUGACGAUCAGUUCCAGUGCUCCAUCUGUCUGGAUGUUUUCACCGAGCCCGUUUCUGUUCCAUGUGGACACAACUUCUGCAAGGCCUGCAUCGACAGGCACUGGGAAGGCAAAGAGCAAUGUCAGUGUCCACUGUGCAACGAGAAGUUCAACAAGGGCCUCAAACUUCGGGUCAACACCGAAUUCAGGGAGGUUGUGGAGAAUUUCAAGAAGCAUCAUGUCAAUAAUUCCCCCGUCAAACCAGGCCAGGUGCCAUGUGACUGCUGUGUUGGCAACAAGUUCAAAGCCGCUAAAACUUGUUUGGUGUGUUUGACCUCGUACUGCGAGAAACAUCUAGAGCCUCAUCAGAGGGUUGCUGCCUUAAAGAGACACAAACUGACUAAUCCUGUGCAUAAUUUGGACGACAAAACAUGCAAGAAACACAACAGGAUUUUAGAGCUGUUCUGCAGGAAUGACCUGACGCGUGUUUGUGUCCUGUGCACAGAACAUAGCGCUCAUGAUGUUGUCCCUUUAGAAGAACCGUAUGUUGACAAGAGGGCUCUGAUGGGUAAGGAAAAGGCAGUAGCCCAGGAAAUUAAACCCAAGCAUGGCAAAAAGGCUAAGAAGAUGAAAGUGGCAGAGCAGACCAAGAGGAAGGGCAAAAAUGAAGCGGUAACAAACUGCGUGGCGUGUAUGCGAGAUCCUCACAUUUGGUUGUUUGAGGUCGAGGCUGAAGGGAGGACCGGCUGGGAUCUAGGCAUAGUCAGAGAGUCGAAUCUUCGGAAGAGAACAUUCACACCAUCCCCCAGGAAUGGAAACUGGAUCAUAAGGUUUGAGAAUAACACCACCUGCCAUGCUCUAGAUGACGUCCCCGUCCACCUCUUCUUGCUAAGCAAACCCAAGAGAGUCCUGGUGUUCUUAGACUACGACGAUGGAUUGGUGUCCUUCUGUGAUGCUGACACUGCGGUUCUGAUCUACACUUUUACUGGCUGCAAAUUCGGCUGGCCAUUCCCUGGAGCUGACAGCAGCACGAUGGCCGGAUACAGCAGGUAA